UGUGGUCCGAGGAAGACAGGUGUGCGCCACCGCGAUGCUCAGUUUUCUCAUCUCCCUCCUGACGCGGCUGUACCUGUGGGUGGUGCGCUGCGUGUUCAGGCUUCUCUGGGCAUUAGGGGGACCCACCAAGUUGCUGUUGCCUCCCAUAGACGACCCUGCGUUGAUGCAGUCUGCCCGUACCUUGGCGCUCUGGAUACGACAGAGGAAGAGGAGCGCUGUAUCCGUCAUGGAAGCUUUUCAACGGCGCAUCGAGGCAGUGAACCCUAUCAUCAACGCUGUCGUAGAUGAACGUUUCAAGGCUGCCCUGCAAGAGGCACGGGAAGUGGACCAGCGGCUUGAUGCAUGCACGCAGGAGGAACUAGAGGAGAUCGGUCGCACUCAACCGCUUCUUGGGGUACCAUUCACUUCUAAAGAAACCAUCAUGGUGAAGGGACUGAGUAACGCUGUAGGGUUGGUGUGCCGGCAGGGUGUGAAGGCUUCGCGGGAUGCCGAAGUGGUGGGCAGACUCCGAGAGGCAGGCGCCAUUCCGAUGGCCGUUACCAACGUACCAGAGCUUGCAGUGUGGGUAGAGUCCUACAAUCUUUUGAAUGGCCGCACCGUCAAUCCUUACGACGUCAGCAGGACCCCUGGAGGAUCCAGCGGCGGCGAGGGGGCCUUGCUUACAUCUUGUGGCACUCCACUUUCCGUUGGCACUGACCUUGGCGGCUCCAUACGGAUUCCUGCAUUCUUAUGUGGCACCUUUGGACAUAAGCCAACGUCAGGCUGGGUAUCGCUGGUCGGUACCAGACCUUUUCAGUUUGUGAAAGAAAACGGACAAUUGCAGUGGCUGGCCCGCUUUGCCGCUCCGUUGGGGAUAUGGUGGUGUUUCUAGAAAGCGUGGCGCCUCGAGCAGCAGGUUUAGCGAACAACGUGACCAACACGGACAUCGGAUCUCUCAACAUAUGGUGGAUGGACGGGAUGGAGUCCCCUUGGUGUCGCCCAACUGAGCUACCUUUGCGUGAGGUCCUGCACGCUGCCUGCCGCUAUCUGCGCCAUUCCUUCGGCGCGACCAUCUCUAAG